AAAAUAAAAUAAAAAAAAGAAAGGGAAAAGGGAAGUAAAUCCCAUCCGAGCUAGGGUUUGACUGCAGCAAGGAAUUUUUCUGAUCGCGUGAAUUCUGGAGUGAGAGAGGAAUCGUCGUCAUCGCUUCCGUGGAUUCCGUGUCUCGGGAAGCCACCCACGAAGGAUCUGGUCUAUUCCCUUGCUUCCCGCAACUUUCGUCUCUCCCUCCGCAAAAAAAAAAAAAUUCGAUUUCAAAUCUAGAGAGAGAGAGAGAGAAAGAGAAGGAUAGUGGCAGAGAGUGAAUUCCCUCGAAGAAUUGCAUGCAAUCUGGAGGCAGUGGCGGAGGCCCGACCCGGGGCAUGGGUCCGGCUGGUCGGACCAACUCCACAUCAUCCGCUGCGUCUCCCACUUCUUCAUCAUCUUCCGUGCAGCAGCAGCAGCUGGCGUCUAGGCAGCAGCAGCAGCAGCAGGGGAGAAACUCAGAGGCAAAUGAUGGCAUGUUUGCCUAUCAUCCUGGUGGGGUUCAGGGGAUGAUGGGAGGUGUCAACUUUGGUUCUUCGUCUGCCUCUUUGCAGCAGCCUAGGAGACUAUUUGACUCUUCUCAACAACAACAACAGGGUUCUUCCCAAGAGGGCCAGCAAAAUUUUAAUCCGAUGCAGCAAGCGUAUCUUCAGUUUGCUUUACAGGCACAGCAACAAAAAGCACAGCAGCAAGCUAGAAUGGGAAUGCUGGGUUCUUCUAAGGAUCAAGAUGCACGGAUGGGUAUGUUGAAUAUGCAAGGCACAAUGCAGGCGUCUAAUCAGCCUCAGGCCUCCUCCUCGUCUAAUCCAUCUGCUGAACAGUUUACUCGGCAGAUGGAAUCGGGUCCUCAACAAAGGAACGAAGCGAAACCUCAUCCUCAGCAAGUUGGGACUGGACAACUAAUGCCUGGAAAUAUUAGUAGGCCAAUGCAGGCACCACAGGGUGUGAAUAAUAUGGGGACCAACCAACUCGCAUUAUCACAGCAGUGGCAGGCCAUGCAGGCAUGGGCGCGCGAGCGUAAUAUUGAUCUCUCGCAUCCUGCCAACGCCAACCAAAUGACGCACAUACUCCAGGCAAGAAUGGCUGCCCAACAGAAAGCUAAUGAAGGCAAUGCGGCUUCACAGUCACCAUCUAUUCCUGUGUCUAGCCAGCCAUCUUCAGGUGUUCCGGGUGAUAACUCGCCUCGUCCCAACUCUGCUGGUGAUACUUCUGGGCAGUCAGGAUCAGGAAAGGCCAGACAUGCAAUAUCUACCAGCUCACUUGCCUCGACUUCCAGUCCCAGAAUGAUGAACCCUGCUGCAAAUCCCUUCUCCGCCCAAGGGAGAGAUAAUCCAAUGUAUCCUCGACAUUUAGUUCAGUCUACAAAUGGAAUGCCCUCUGGAAAUUCCAUGCAGACGUCUGUUAAUGAGACGCAUGUUUUGGAUCACAAUGCGUCUACAAAUAAAAGUUUAGGUUCUGCUGAACAUUUGCAGAUGCAGCAGCCUAGGCAGCUGAAUGCACCCAGUCCAAAAGCUGCUCUAUCUGGCGCUGGUUUACUCAGUAAAUCUUCCCUUCAGAGUGGACAGGGGACCAAACAAGCACAACAACGAUCAGGAUUUACCAAACAACAACUCCAUGUUCUCAAAGCCCAGAUACUAGCAUUUCGUCGUCUGAAGAAAGGAGAAGGUUCUUUGCCUCAGGAGCUUUUUAAAUCUAUUGCUCCACCACCGCUUGAAGUGCAGACGCCGUUGCAAAUUUUUCCUGUGAGAGUACAUGUUCAGGAUAAAUCUUCAGACAAAACUGUAGAGAACCAAGCAAGGUCACUGGAGUCUGGCAAAGAGUCUCAGACUGCUGCUUCAUCAAAUGGACAGAUUUUUGCUAAAGAGGAAGAUAAUGGUGGAGAUACAGAAGUACCUUUGGCGACAGGCCAGAGCCAAUUAUUUCAAAAUCUGGGGAAAGAAGCUGCUUCUACUGAUGCGGUUACGAAAGAGGAGCAACAAACUGAUGCAUUCCCUGUUAAGUCAGACCAAGGAGCAGAUGCUAGUACUCAACAGACUCCUAAAAGUGAUUCUAAUACUGAUAAGGGAAAAGCUGUUGCAUCUGAUGGAGGCCAAUCUAAUGUUCCGCCACAAACAAACUCUCCCCAGCAGCCUAAGGAUACAGCCUCUGCCAGGAAAUAUCACGGACCAUUGUUUGAUUUUCCCUUCUUCACUCGAAAACAUGACGCUAUGGGAUCUGCAACAGCCAAUGCCAAUAACAAUCUCACAUUAGCUUAUGAUAUUAAAGACCUGAUCUGUGAAGAAGGUGCGGAAUUCUUCAACAAGAAAAGAACAGACAGUUUGAAGAAGAUAAAUGGUCUCCUAGCAACAAACUUGGAAAGGAAAAGGAUUAGGCCGGAUCUUGUUUUACGGCUUCAGAUCGAAGAGAAAAAGCUCAGGUUAUCGGCUCUUCAGUCUCGUGUUAGAGAUGAAGUUGAUCGACAACAGCAGGAUAUAAUGUCCAUGCCUGAUAGGCCAUACCGUAAAUUUGUGAGGCUGUGCGAACGACAACGCCUUGAAAUGAAUAGACAAGUACUGGCCAACCAGAAAGCUGUGAGAGAGAAGCAGCUGAAAACCAUUUUUCAGUGGCGUAAGAAACUCCUUGAGGCUCACUGGUCUAUACGUGAUGCACGCACUGCUCGUAACAGGGGGGUUGCCAAAUACCAUGAAAAGAUGUUGAGAGAGUUCUCGAAGAGACCAGAUGAUGGCCGGAACAAAAGGAUGGAGGCAUUGAAAAAUAAUGAUGUAGAAAGGUACAGGGAGAUGUUGCUGGAACAGCAAACAAAUAUACCUGGUGAUGCUGCUGAAAGAUAUAAUGUUCUCUCUUCAUUUUUGACCCAAACGGAAGAUUAUCUCCAUAAACUUGGAGGUAAGAUUACUGCCACAAAGAAUCAACAGGAAGUGGAGGAGGCAGCGAAUGCUGCAGCAAUUGCCGCGAGAUUGCAGGGCCUUUCAGAAGAAGAGGUCAGGGCGGCAGCUGCUUGUGCUCGGGAAGAAGUUCUGAUCAGAAAUAGAUUUGUGGAAAUGAAUGCGCCAAAAGAUAAUUCAUCUGUUAACAAGUAUUAUACUCUGGCUCAUGCUGUAAAUGAAGUCGUUGUGAGACAACCGUCGAUGCUCCAAGCUGGAACUUUACGUGAUUACCAGCUGGUUGGAUUGCAAUGGAUGCUCUCCUUGUAUAAUAACAAAUUAAAUGGGAUCUUGGCUGAUGAGAUGGGUCUUGGAAAAACUGUGCAGGUAAUGGCACUGAUUGCUUACCUUAUGGAGUUCAAGGGGAAUUAUGGGCCACAUCUCAUCAUCGUUCCCAAUGCUGUUCUGGUGAACUGGAAGAGUGAACUCCAUACUUGGCUACCAUCUGUUUCAUGUAUAUAUUAUGUUGGUACAAAGGAUCAACGUUCAAAAUUGUUUUCUCAGGAGGUUUGCGCCAUGAAGUUCAAUGUCCUCGUUACGACUUAUGAGUUCAUUAUGUAUGAUCGAGCAAAACUCUCAAAAGUUGACUGGAAAUAUAUUGUUAUUGACGAAGCACAGCGGAUGAAAGACAGAGAAUCUGUUUUGGCCCGAGAUCUUGACCGUUAUCGCUGCCAGAGGAGAUUACUUCUCACUGGAACACCUCUACAGAACGAUCUGAAAGAGCUUUGGUCACUAUUGAAUCUCCUCCUUCCUGAUGUCUUUGACAAUCGAAAAGCAUUUCAUGACUGGUUCGCGCAACCCUUUCAAAAAGAAGGUCCUGCGCAUAAUAUAGAGGAUGACUGGCUGGAAACUGAGAAAAAAGUCAUAGUCAUUCACAGGCUUCAUCAAAUUUUAGAGCCGUUCAUGCUCAGACGUCGUGUUGAGGAUGUGGAAGGUUCUCUUCCUCCUAAGGUUUCCGUAGUUUUAAGAUGUAGGAUGUCUGCUAUUCAGAGUGCCGUUUAUGAUUGGAUCAAAGCUACUGGAACUCUAAGAGUUGAUCCAGACGAUGAAAAACUUAAGGCUCAGAAGAAUCCUAACUACCAAGCCAAGUUAUAUAAAACUUUAAAUAAUAGGUGCAUGGAGUUGAGGAAAACAUGCAAUCAUCCGUUGCUCAAUUAUCCAUAUUUCAAUGAUCUUUCCAAGGACUUUCUCGUAAGGUCAUGUGGAAAAUUGUGGAUUCUGGAUAGAAUUCUUAUUAAGCUACAGAGGACAGGCCAUCGUGUAUUACUCUUCAGUACAAUGACUAAACUCCUUGAUAUCUUGGAAGAGUAUUUGCAAUGGAGGAGGCUUGUAUACCGAAGAAUAGAUGGGACUACCAGUCUAGAAGACCGGGAAUCAGCUAUUGUGGAUUUCAAUGAUCCUGAUACUGAUUGCUUUAUUUUCCUGCUUAGUAUACGUGCAGCGGGAAGGGGUCUCAACCUUCAGACUGCUGACACAGUUGUGAUAUAUGAUCCGGAUCCAAACCCAAAGAAUGAGGAACAAGCAGUUGCCAGAGCCCAUCGUAUUGGGCAGACAAGGGAAGUAAAAGUGAUUUAUAUGGAGGCAGUAGUUGAAAAAAUUUCCAGCCAUCAAAAGGAAGACGAGCUUAGAAGUGGUGGUUCAGCAGACUUAGAGGAUGACUUGGCUGGGAAGGACCGUUAUAUAGGAUCUAUUGAGGGUCUCAUUAGGAAUAAUAUUCAGCAGUACAAGAUCGACAUGGCUGAUGAAGUCAUUAAUGCUGGGCGUUUUGACCAAAGGACGACUCAUGAAGAGCGGCGAAUGACAUUGGAGACUUUAUUGCAUGAUGACGAGAGAUAUCAAGAAACCGUCCAUGAUGUACCUUCUCUCCAUGAGGUGAACAGGAUGAUUGCCAGAAGCGAGGAAGAAGUUGAGUUAUUCGAUCAGAUGGAUGAAGAAUUUGACUGGACCGAGGAGAUGACUAGUCAUGAGCAGGUGCCUAAGUGGCUUCGGGCUAGUACCAGAGACGUGAAUACUACCGUUGCAGAUUUGUCUAAGAAACCUUCAAAGAACAUGUUGUCAAGCAGUAAUCUAAUUGUUCAAACUGGUGGGCCUGGAGGUGAGAGAAAAAGGGGGCGACCCAAGAGCAAAAAGAUUAACUACAAGGAAAUUGAAGAUGACAUUGGAGAAUACUAUGAGGAAAGCUCUGAAGAAAGGAUUAUUGAUUCUGGGAACGAAGAAGAGGGGGACAUUGGACAAUCUGAUGAUGAUGAGCUAACUGGUGCUAUUGGUGAUCACCAAACCAACAAUGGUGAAUCUGAUGGAGAGAACCCCGUCAGUGGUUAUGAUUAUCCUUCGCGGUCUGGUAGUUAUAAAAAAAUCCCUCCGCAGGAUGAUGAUGCCGGUUCUUCAGAAUCUUCGCCAGAAAGUCAUAGAUCGAAAGAGAUGGCUUCUCCUGUUUCUUCAAAAAAGUUUGGCUCUUUGUCUGCAUUGGAUACUAGGCCAGGUUCUGUCUCGAAAAGACUGGUAGAUGACCUAGAAGAUGGGGAAAUAGGAGCCUCCGGGGAUUCUCACAGAGAUCUCCAACGAUCAGGAAGCUUGGGCCAUGACCGUGAUGAAGGGGGAGGAGAACAGGUUUUGCAACCGACAAUAAAACGGAAACGGAGUAUUCGUCUAAGACCCCGUCAAACAGCAGAAGGAGCAGACGGUAAUGAUAUGCCUGCAGCUCAGCCAUUGCAAGUCGACCGUAGCUAUAGAUCAAAACUGAGAACAGUUGGUGACUCACAUGGUUCAAGACAAGAUCAGAGUGAUUCGUCCUCGAGGCUUAGGAGUUUACCUGCAAAAAAGGUAGCUAACACUUCCAAGCUGCAUGUGUCAUCACCAAAAUCUGGUAGAUUGAAUGCCACAAAGGAGGACAACGCUGAAGCUUCUAGAGAAACAUGGGAUGGAACUAGUCCUAUUGGCUCUUCAAGUACAGGUGGAAGAAUGUCCCACAUGAUACAGAAACGGUGCAAAAUUGCCAUUAGCAAACUCCAAAGAAGAAUCGACAAGGAAGGUCAGCAGAUUGUGCCUAUGCUGACAAAUCUGUGGAAGAGAAUUCAGAAUGGUUAUGCAGCUGGAGGUGUGAAUAAUCUUUUGGAACUGCGAGAGAUAGAUCAGCGGGUGGAAAGGCUAGAGUACGUAGGAGUUAUGGAACUCGCAUCUGACGUGCAGUAUAUGCUUAGGGGAGCAAUGCAGUUCUAUGGAUUCUCACACGAGGUGAGAUCUGAAGCAAGGAAGGUUCACAAUCUGUUCUUUGAUCUACUGAAAAGGUCUUUUCCAGACACGAAUUUUCAGGAAGCAAGGAAUGCUCUUUCCUUCUCUGGUCCAACCCCAACUUUGGUGUCUACAUCUUCCCCAAGGGGAGCAGGUAUUAGGAGGCCAACGCCGGUAGAUGAGGAGGAACCUGAGCCAAGCUCUCCUCAGAGACGUCAACAACGCGAGAACUCAAGGAUCAGAGUACAGAUACCUCAGAAAGAAACAAAGCUUGGCGGGUCAUCAAGCCACACCGAUGAGUCUCCAGUUUUAGCUCAUCCAGGGGAACUAGUGAUCUGCAAGAAGAAGAGGAAAGACAGAGAAAAGUCUGCUCCAAGAACCAGCAGCCCGGUUUCACCUCAGGCUAUGAUAGGUCGUGGUCUCAGAAGUCCAGUGUCUGGUUCAGUUACAAGGGAAACAAGGCUAGCAGCUCAAGCCACUCAUCCAAACAACAGCGGCGCGGCUGGUGACUCAGUUGGAUGGGCUAAUCCGGUGAAGAGGCUAAGAACAGAUUCUGGUAAAAGAAGACCGAGUCAUUUGUAGACAGAGUAAGCCAAGCCUCUGUUGUUGUCUUUAGUGGUUGUUGGAUGUGAUUGCAAUGUAGCAGCGAGUCUUUGACCUUUAGUUAACAAAUAAUUCUCUAUCUAUUUAGAAGAUAAGUCCUAUUGUCUGGAGGCACUAUCCCCAUCUUUAGAGAUGGUCAAUGUAUAAAAAAAAUUGAGAUAUGGAUUCAUGUUUAAUUUGUUGUAAAAGAUUCUGCAUAUUGUUGUUACAUUUUAUUUACAGUUGAAGCAAAUGAUUAUUUUCAAUA